CCACUGCCCAGCGUCACGGAGCCCUGAGCGGACGCCUAAACCCCAUGGCACCGCCGCCCCGCUGCCUCCCCUGAUGGCGGCCGCCUCCACCUCCCCCCAUUCCGCCGCCGCCGCCACCCACGUCGACGACCUCCACAGAUUCCUCCGCAGCGGUCUCCGCACCCACGACGCCGUCCUCCGCACCCACGCCUUCCUCCUUCGCCGCGACCUCCUCCUUGGCCACCCCGUCCCCGCCGGCCUCCUCCUCACCGCCUCCGCCUGCUCCGCGGCCUCGCCGCCCGCCCACCUCCUGAGGCUCCUUCUCCGUCACCUGCCCCCUCCGCUCCCGCUCUUCUCGAUCGACGCCGCCCUCCGCGCCCUCGCCCCGCGCAUCCCCUUCUCCGCGCUCCUCUCCCUCUUCGCGGCCCUCCUCCGCUCGCACCACCCCCUCUUCCCCGACCGCUUCUCCUUCCCGCCUCUCCUCUCCGCCGCCGCAUCCGCGUCCCCGCGUGUCCACCUCCCCUCCGCUCUCGCCCUCCACGCGCAGGUCCUCCGCCGCGGCCUCCUCUUCUCGCCGCCGCCCCACGCCGCUAACGCACUCCUCCACUUCUACGCAGCUGCCGGGCGUCUCCCAUCUGCCCGCCACCUGUUCGACGAAAUGCCGUUCCGGGACAUAGCGUCCUUGAACACCAUGAUGACAGCAUAUGCUGGCGCGCCGGGUGGCAUUGAUGACGCACGGCAGCUGUUUGAUAGAAUGCUCCUGAGAAAUGUUGUGUCUUGGAACGUCAUGGUUAAUGGAUACGUGAAGGCGAAGCGGCCGGAGCAAGCGCUGGAGGUGGUCAGGUGGAUGGCUGAGGUAGGGGUGAGGGGUACAGCAACAACAAUGGUAGGGGCAGCCACAGCUUGCUCCAGGUUGGGGAGGUUGCGGACUGGGAGGGAGGUGCAUUGUGCGUUCUUGCGCCGUUUUGAGGAUGAUAACCUGUUGGUUUGGACCACAUUGGUUGAUAUGUAUGCCAAGUGCCGGAGGGUCUUGGCCGCAAGGAAGGUGUUUGAUCGGCUCAGCAUGAGGAACCUGGUAUGCUGGAAUGCAAUGAUCAUCGGGCAUUGUGUUUACGGAGAGCCUUAUGAUGGGAUCAAGCUGUUCCAUGAGAUGAUUGGGCCAGGUAAGGUGCAACCAGAUGGGGUCACUCUCAUCGGUGUUCUCUGCGCCUGUGCGCGUUUAGGUCUCUUGGAUGAUGGGAAGGCAUAUUUUGAGCAGAUGAGGACCAUGUACAACCUCAAACCGACAUUUGCUCACUAUUGGUGCAUGGCCAAUCUGUAUGGAAAGGUUGGGCUUCCAGAAGAAGCUGAGGACCUUUUACAGAGUGUACCGGAGGAUCUGAAGUCCCGGGCAUUGGGUGGCUUACUUGGGCUGUGCCGGUUCCGGGGGGAGUGGGCAACUGGGGAACGGAUUGCCCUCAGGUUGAUUGAGCUGGAACCAAGCAACAAUGCUCACUAUGCACUGCUUUGCAGUGUCUAUGCCGCUGCGGGAAGAUGGCAAGAUGCUCACGGGGUGAAGGCUAUCAUGAAGGAAAGAGAUGAGAGGUUCAGCCCUGGACAUCGUCUCUCAAACUUAAAUGAGAUUGUCCAUGAAUACAGAGUUAGGGAGAGGCAACCUGAGAGUCAGGAGAUGUAUGCUGUCCUAGAUGAGUUGGCAUCAAGGCUGAGAAUAGAUUGCAGAUGGAAUGAGCAAAGUUAAUCUGGAAUAGAAUAGCUCAGAUGCACCAACGGAUCAUCUUGGACUGGCAUAGUUUUGAAUGAGCAGCUUCACAGGGCUAAGCGAGACAAUUUGAUGAAGUGUAUCUUCAGAUGUAACUCUUUGUGCAAAACCACUUGUGAGUAUGUUGCUACAGAAGAGAAACAUUUAGGGGUGGUAAUUUUACACAUGCUGAAACAUGGGCAACCUUGUGUGCUUGUGUGACUGACCUGCAAAGCAAGCAUGCUGUCCUGAAAGGGAGCCCUCUUGGCAUCGAGAAGAAUGAGGUCUUGACUCUUGAGAUGUCGACUAACUAACUGCAAGCGUGCCAAGGAAACCGCAAGCUGGGUGUGCUAAGAUUGGAGGAAACAGGGCAGGAUGGGUGGUCAUAACCUUAUUGCUUGAACAUCUAAUUGCCUGUGGUGAUUAAGGGAUGGUACAGCUACGGGUUUUUUUUCUGCCUUUUGUUUUUGUCUCAUUGCCAUUUGCAUGUAGAGAUUCAGUCUUUUGACAAUUUUGCAGCUGGAGCUUAGUACUGUUAUGUGGUGUAGGCCUGAUGAAUGCCAUUUUGAGCUAUUGGUGGUUGUAGGAGAAAAGAUAGAUUGUAGAGAAUGAAUAAUUAGACACACACUGAUUCAUCGCAUUUGUGUUACACUGCUGGACAAGUCAAAUAAUUGACUAAUAGUUUUGUUUUGAAAAUAAUUCUGGGGGUGAAAGGGUGCCAAAGGUCCAUUCUCCUGUGCUGUGCUUGUGCGAGCAGGAACAUUGAAGGAGAUAUUGCACCAGGCAGAAGACGCGAGCUGGACCCACAGGACAGAACAGACGGCUAACAAGAAAACCAGCCAAUGGUGCUGAUUUGUGGGCACGCCUACAGCUAUACUUGUGGGGCCCAGCCCGCCCCUCCUCGCGAAACAGCAGUGCCCUUGUUUCGUCAGCGAGUGGAGGGGCGGUUCUUGCUCUGGCUCCGCCACGAGCAGCACGGCGGUGGCGACCUCACCCUCGCUCAAGUUCAUCUACAGUCCUAAGUCGCUCAGCUCUCUGAGAAGACCCAGCCCUGUGCCGAUAUGUUGCAUGGAGUAGUACAGCUGGGCAGGGAGCUCACAUUGUUGGAGAGGGACCUCUUCUCCAGGGCCUACAAUAGUGUUGUUGAUGAAAAGUGUGCGGUGUGGCAUAUUCUUUCAUCUGUUCAGCUUGAGCAGGGGGCAAAAGGUAACCAGAUAGCCGAGAAGGCAGCUUAGAGAGUUCCGGUUAAAGGUAGAUGGCUGAAUACUUUCCAUAAGAAAGGAAAUAGCUCAACCACUUACUAUGUAACUAGCACCUCUUUUGUUGUGCAACUGCUGCUGUAAUCCUGGAAUAAAUUUUAUGUUCCAGAUAUUUUAAUUUCAAACUCAAAUUUACUCCUCA